AUGCAGAUGCGACAGAUCAUAAUCGCAUUACUAUGCUUCUCCGUGGCCCUAACUUGUUCCGCCACUCGAAAAGAGGACGUGGAAAAGGCGGCGAAGCUCGCAGUAGAAAAGCCAGCGGAAAGGGCAGCCGAGGGAGCAGUGAAAAAAGCGUUAGAUGGCGGGAAUACUACCACCGAAUCAAAAACAGCCAGUGAAUCAUACUCCAACGUGCGAAAAGUGAAAGACGAAGGAACACAGGAGGACGAUAUCGAGGAUUGGAUCCAUACUGAAAGAUCUCGAUCGAAUUCGUUCAGAGAACGGCCAAGCAGAGUGAAGAAGGAAGAUUGGAGACGACUCCGGAGGAAGGACUUAUCCUUGCAAGCUUCGCCCUGGCACACCCCGAAGGUGUUGACAGUUGAGAAGAAAGUUCCGGUACCUGUGACCGUGGAGAAGAAGGUACCGUACACUGUGUACAAACAUGUUCCCUACGAGGUCAAAGUGCUAGUACCGCAGCCGUACACGGUUGAGAAGAAGGUACCGUACCCAGUGAAAGUGUUCGUGAACGUACCAGUCGAGGUGCCAGAGCCGUACAUAGUAGAGAAGAAAGUACCGUACGAAGUGAAGGUGGAUCGGCCGGUACCGUACAAGGUGGAAAUUCCGGUCCCUCAGCCGUACACCAUCGAGAAGAAGAUACCGGUGGAGGUGGAGGUGCCGGUACCACAGCCGUACACCGUCGAUAAGACAGUGUCCUACGAGGUGAAAGUACCUGUUAAGGUGCCAGAGCCGUACGAAGUGGAGAAGAAGGUACCGGUACCGGUGAAGGUAGUCAUCAAUCGACCAUACCCAGUUCCGGUACCGAAACCGUAUCCUGUGGUAGUCGCGAAACCCUAUCCAGUACCCGUGGACAAGCCGUACCACGUUGAAGUCAAGGUACCUGUCGACGUGCCUUUCUCCGUGCCCGUGAAGAGGCCGGUACCAGUGCCGAUCAAGGUGCCAGUGCCGAAACCGUACAGCGUGGAGAAACCGGUUCAGGUCGAAGUGGACAAGCCUUAUCCCGUUCCGGUCAAAGUGCCCGUGGACAGACCGUACGAAGUUCACGUGACGAAACCAGUACCGAUACCGGUGAAGAAACCGUUCCCUUACUGGGUGCAGGAGCCGGUGCCGGUGAAUCUCGAUUGGAAGCAAGCUGAAUCGAAUGGGUGGAAGGAUAGGAUAGAUUCGAGGGGAGAUACGAAGAGCGUGGGAGACAAGGAUGAACGUAAAAAGAGGGAGUAGAAGACGAAAGUGUGGAUCGCGAAUGAAAUGAAUUUGUGA